UUAGUGGUGGUCACUCCAAAUACUUUAAUGCAAAUUUCGCGCGGACUUGCCAUUGAUGAAGCAGCAACCAGAAGAGAAGGGCACCUUAUCGUAACGACGUAAUCCCAUUGUGUCUAUAUCUCCAGGCGACGCAGAGGAUUUGUUACGUCUUCGCCACCGCGUCGGCGUCGUAUAUUUUAUAGCAGACCUUCCCGUCGCAACGGCAGAAUCAGAAGAAUUUUUCCAGAUUAGCCCAGUCCACGUAACCUGCAAUAUAGCACUAGAUCUAACUUUAUCCUCGCCCGGGGAACAAACUCGGUUCUCCGGCGGCUCUGCUUCAACGCCGGGACAACCGAACGAUGAGUCAGACCGAAGAGGACGCCAACCGAGACACGAAAGAUGACGAAUCAAACCUUCUCUUACCGUCGAAAUCCCCGCCGUCGCCGGCUCCGGCCCCAUCGCUUCUGUCGGAGGGAGAGGAUGACGAGGAGGCGGCAUACGAGUCCUGCGAAAAGAUUGCGAUCGUCGGAUUCGAAUUGGCCGAUGGCGCCGAUUGCUCGGUGACGCCGCCGUUCUCUUGGAAGAAGCUGUGGCUGUUUACGGGGCCAGGGUUCUUGAUGAGCAUAGCAUUUCUGGAUCCAGGAAACCUAGAGGGAGAUCUGCAGGCCGGCGCAAUUGCCGGCUACUCGCUGCUCUGGUUGCUCAUGUGGGCGACGGCUAUGGGCCUGCUGAUCCAGCUCCUGUCGGCCAGGCUCGGCGUCGCCACCGGCCGGCACUUGGCCGAGCUCUGUAGGGAGGAGUAUCCUGCCUGGGCGGGGUGGUUGUUGUGGUUUAUGGCGGAGCUUGCGUUGAUUGGAGCUGAUAUUCAGGAGGUCAUCGGCAGCGCCAUAGCAAUCAAGAUUCUCAGCCGCGGGCAUUUGCCUAUUUGGGCUGGGGUUGUAAUUACCGCCUCUGACUGUUUCAUCUUUCUACUUAUGGAAAACUACGGAGUCAGAAAAUUAGAAGCUGCUUUUGCCAUUCUCAUCUCAACUAUGGCACUAUCAUUUGCUUGGAUGUUUGCUGAUACAAAGCCUAGUGGACAAGAACUUAUGUUAGGUCUUUUGGUUCCAAAACUCAGCUCAAAAACAAUUCAUCAGGCUGUUGGAGUGGUGGGAUGUGUUAUAAUGCCUCACAAUGUGUUUUUACAUUCUGCUUUGGUACAGUCAAGGAAAAUUGACCCCAAGAGGAAAGGACAUGUCCAAGAAGCACUCAAUUACUACUCCAUUGAAUCCUCAGUGGCCCUCUUCAUCUCCUUCAUUAUCAAUGUGUUCGUCACUACUGUCUUUGCCAAAGGAUUCUAUGGCACCAAACAAGCGAAUAGUAUUGGCCUAGUAAAUGCAGGCCGCUAUCUUCAAGAGAAAUAUGGUCAAGGGUCAUUCCUUAUUCUCUAUAUUUGGGGGGUGGGGCUAUUGGCAGCUGGGCAAAGUAGCACCAUUACUGGCACUUAUGCUGGGCAGUUUAUCAUGGGAGGUUUUCUCAACCUUCGAUUGAAAAAAUGGCUGAGAGCAUUAAUCACUCGAAGUUGUGCUAUUGUGCCUACUAUGAUUGUGGCUCUUAUGUUUAACAGAUCCGAGGCCUCACUAGACAUUCUAAAUGAGUGGCUUAAUGUCCUUCAGUCUGUACAAAUUCCAUUUGCUCUUAUCCCGCUUUUGACCUUGGUGUCCAAGGAGCAGGUGAUGCAAACUUUUAAGAUUGGACCUACUCUGGAGAGGGUUGCUUGGACAGUAGCUGGUCUGGUAAUGGUUAUCAAUGGGUAUCUAUUGCUGGACUUUUUCCUUUCAGAAGUUAACGGACUGCUAUUCGGGUCUGUAGUAUGCAUAGCAACUGCCGGUUACGUGGCAUUUAUCAUAUAUCUCAUCCUACAUGGCAAUGGCCCUGGUUCCACUUGGCUCAGCUAAAUAUGCACCAAAGGAUUUAUUUAUAUUGGUAAAUGAGCGCACGAUCUCCAUGAAUGCUUGGGAUGAAUUUGAAACCUCAGCAAACCCCGCGGUCCGCUAAAGCCUUGCGGAUCCGUGCUUUGAUUUAUUGAAGUACAUAAUUCUUAUACCUUUACUCAAACCUCAGAACAUGUUAACAGCGAGCAUACAAAAAAUCCAUAAGAUUCAGAGUUUUGGCUACAAAACCUUGGUGCAAAACUGGAGAUAGACAAAGUUGAAAUGUAUACCACAAUACAAUGUAGUGGGGUUGCAUGCGAGAAAUAUAUCCUCCAUUUUUGUGGGAGCAGAAAGAGCAGUUCUGCUGCUGGGGAGGUCUCCUUGCUGCCACUGUACAAGAUUUUUAUUUAUGUGUUAAGACUGAGACGCACUUUUGAUAUAGAAGAAGAAGUAGUAGUAGUAGUAGUAGUUUAUUUCAUGAGGCUGUCUGUAUCUGUAAUCAGUAGAAUCUGUCUGAUGUAAUUCUUUGUUUUAACUAUAGGUUCUUUUAGCAGCAAUACAACGUGGAAAUGAACUUUGUGAUUCUGUAACGAAAUUUCUUCUUUCUUCUUUUUCUGUUCAUGAAAAAGAAAUUUUAAA